GUUUACUCGAAAAUGGCGGGUAAGAGAACUGUUGCAACAGAUGUAGAAGACGAAGACUUUCCUUUGGAACAGCUCGAGGAAAUUGUCAAGCGAACAACGAGACAUCAGUCAGAAAGUGAAAGACGUACUAUACGACAAGAAUCAUACGCCGCAAUUGGUGCUCUCCUUGAAAAUCGGCAGGAGCUGACCAAUCCAGAAUCAGAUGUUUUGAACCAGAUUCUCGAGGAGCAAAAUCAAAGGUUUAUGCGAGUUCUUAACCCAAGAGAGGCUGCGCUAGACUCUCACAUUCUAGCAUUAAUAGCAGAUGCAGGCAGACAGAAAGCCCAAGCAUUCACAUUAGAGUUUGUUAAAUUUCAGCCUUCAGAGUUUUCUGAAAAGCUGAAAACCUUUGUUGAUGAGAAUCUUGGAGUGCAUGAUGGAAGAAGCUUGACAAAACAAGGAUGGAAAGAGCUCGGUAGUUUUGCACAGCGGUUCCUGAAAAAGUCACCACCUCUACACUUCAUGUGUGGAUCAUUUGAACGUGGAGAAGUAGUGAAGAAAACAGUUACUCGAGAACGUAGAGGGAAGAAAGACACUGAACCAGGGAAAACAACAGAGCUGAAGGAGUUGAAGUCUUUCAGUGAGAAAAGAGAGGCCACAACAGAAGAAGUUGAAGAAAUAUUAAAGAAUCUCUGGAAUCUAUAUGAGAACUUAAAUGAGAAAAGUCCGAUCUGCUAUUUUGAGUUUGUGGUAAAUCCACAUUCAUUUGGACAGACAGUUGAAAACAUCUUCUAUGUCUCCUUUUUAGCUAGAGAUGGGUUCAUCAAGAUCUUUCUGGAUGAAGAUGGGCUACCUGUUAUAGAGCCACUGGAUAGAGAAAAUGAGAGCCGGCAUGAUAGAGAGCCAGCAGAAAAUGCUGCUCGACAACAGAUGGUGGUUGCUAUCACACCCAAGGAAUGGAAGGAAAUCAUCAAGACUUUUAAAAUUACACAACCUCUCAUCAAAAGCCGAGCACCAGUAGCAGAACAAAAUGGAGCGGCGUCCUCUUCUUCUUGAAAAAUAAAUGCAUGAGGAAUAUUUGGCAGCUUCGGUUGCGAAAAAAUAUAUGGCAGUUCUGUGAUAUCAUGGAGAGGAACACUACAUGGGUAAUGUUAAGCCAUGGUGGAUAUGCUGAUUACAGCAUUUUAAUGAUGCAUGCAUGGAUCUGUCACAACUGGAGUCAUUUUUUGUCUUCAUCUUUCUGAUUAAUUGGGGUUAUUUUGCUUAUGUUUGGAGGGGAUGUGGAGGAAACUGCUCAAGGGCAGUGGCAUUUUAAUGGUGGUUGUAAGUUCUGAUCUUUAUGCCUGAUAAUUAUUCUAAACAGCACUAGGGUCUUGUCAUUUUGAAGGAGUACUUUUGUAUAAACAUGUAUCAAUCAGCUUUCUGUCUCAUAAGCAUUAAUUCUAAUUUCCUCUUUUUUUUGGAUCUGACAGGCCUAGCAUUUAGUCCUUGAGUUUAUGAUUAAUUAUAGGUUGGGUUUUUUUCUCCUUUUUCCCUCUACCUUUGCAUUUUUUGCUUUGGAGAAGUUAUGUAUACUUUAUGGUCAAUGUAGAAAAUUGUCACAAUUUCCAGAGGGAGAAAGCACCUUCAGAUAUUAAGUAAUCUAAUCUUUUCAUCAGUGUGGUGUAAAAUGAAACAGCAAAGCAAACAUUCAACAUGCUGGAAAUUUUUGCUGUCCAUAUGAAGUUUACCUAUUCAAAAGUGCACCCCCUUACUUUCGUGCAUGCGCUGACAUCUACAUGCUCUUUUCACUCCACAAAAUAAAAGACGACUCUGUCUUUAUUGGCCCUGCCAACUUUUAUUAACAUAAGAUAUAAGACUUCCCAUGAGCACAAUCGCGCGCGCACACAUAUAAAAAUUAAUUGCGACACACUCUCUCUCACUACCUCUCUAGAAACUGUGUCCUUGUGUACACUCAUGUAGGUAUCUUUAGAUUGUCCCACAGACUAGUGUUAAGAGACUGCAUAAUCUGUCGAAAAACACAUCUAUGUCCAUUACAAAGGGUUGGUCUUUUUUCAGGAUUUCAAUUUUUAUUGAGUAGGCCUGAGCCCAUUUCAAGGGGAACAACAGCAGCCAUCAUCAUUUACAUUUUCAUAAACUGUAGUGUGUAAAAUAAAGAUACAGUUAACUUUCGAUAGUACGAAGAUGUAAGAUGUACAGCAACAUCAUUAUUUUAUAUCCCAACAUGGACAGUAUUUGAGAUUAUGUUCACCAAACGACAUAAACUAAAUGGAACAAAUGCAGAAUUCAACUAGUGCAAAUGAAAAUCUACAAUGGAACUCAGAUUAAGAAGUAAGCAUUUCAGUAUGUGUCAGAUUGCUUGAUUCUUUAUUACUUUAAGGGCAUAGCUUCAGCAAAGGUGUAUUUAAGAAAAUGCCUACAGAUCUUAAAACUGCUGUACAUACAAUCCAGUAAUGAGUAAUGUCAAGACCAGUUUUUCUCAAAUUUUAUAGAGACAUAUAUAUACACAUGCACUUCAUGUAGCAUUUGUGAAUAUUAGCAUCACACACGCACACACCUCCCCUGCUUUUACACCAUUAUCUUAAAUAUCAACACCAUAUAUGGUGGUUGUAGGAUCAUAGACCUGUAUCCACUGUUGAAUCUACCUUUCAGUCCUUUCUCUUUUUUUCUCUCAUUUUUUGCCCUGCUGGUAGUCCUUCGGUGACGGACCAUUCUCUCUUCUCCAUCCAAUGUUUUAAAGUUCUCCAUUAUACUUCCUUUUUGAGCUGAAGACCUUUCUUAUCUUUAACUAACAUUUUAAAAAUACUCAAAGUUACUUUGUUUGAGAGUUUGUCUGUAGUUUUUCUAUAAAAAUAUCUCCACAUGACACAGUUCAAGUAGUAUUGUAAAAGGAAGUGUAUUACUUAUUUGAUAUUUUCUCUUUGUGUGUGAGCAAGAGAGAAGAAUGAAAAUAACGGGUCAAACAAAUGAUAGACUGAAAGAAGUUGCAGGAUUAAAGUGGAUGUGGCACACCAUAUGAACUGAUGUCAUGUUGUUAAGGGAAUUUUUAUGUCUCAAUUAAAAGUUUCUGAGAAUGUG